UGGCCCCGCAGCGCCCGCGCGGGGAAGGGGCGCACCCCGGUCGGCGCGCGCCGCGGCAGGGGCCCGAACCCCGGAAGAGAGGCUCCACUUUCCCGUCCGGUGGGAGGCGCCGGCCGCGGCUGCGGCCUCACGUCCGACCCCGACUCCGGCUCUGGGGCAGAGAAGCGGCAUGGAAGCCGAGGACCUCCAGGAGGAGCUGACGUGCUCCAUCUGCCUGGACUAUUUCGAGGACCCGGUGUCCAUCGAGUGCGGCCACAACUUCUGCCGCGGCUGCCUGCACCGCAGCUGGGCCCCGGGCGGCGGCCCCUUCCCCUGCCCCGAGUGCCGGCAGCCGUCGGCGCCCGCCGCGCUGCGGCCCAACUGGGCCCUGGCCCGGCUCUCCGAGAAGACGCGGCGCCGGCGCCAGGGCCCCGUGCCCCCCGGCCUGUGCGGCCGCCACUGGGAGCCGCUGCGGCUCUUCUGCGAGGACGACCAGCGGCCCGUGUGCUUGGUGUGCAGGGAGUCGCAGGAGCACCAGGCCCACGCCAUGGCGCCCAUCGACGAGGCCUUCGAGAGCUACCGGAAAGAUCACUUUGGCAUCCACGUGGAUGAAUGGAGAAGACUGAUUAGGGUGCUGUUGCACCGUUUCAAGCAGGAGGAAAAACUUCUUAAGACUCAAUGUAGUCUGAUGGCCAAGAUGAAGAAAGCCAUGCAUUUGCAGGACAUGGAGGUGAAGAAUGCUACAGAGUGGAAGGAGAAGAUGAAGAAUCAGCGAGUGAGAUUCAGCACAGAGUUUGCAAAGCUGCACCGCUUUCUGGCUGAAGAAGAGCAACGGUUUCUUCAGAGACUGAGCAAAGAAGAAGAAGAGACAAAGAAGAAACGGAAUGAGAACACAUUAAGGCUCAAUCGAAUGAUCUCUUCCUUGAAGAAGCUCAUCAUAGAGGUGGGGGAGAAGAGCCAGAGCUCCACCCUGGAGUUGCUUCAGAAUCCAAAAGAUGUGUUGACCAGGAGCGAGAACCAGGAUGUGAACUAUUCCCUUGAAGUUCUGAAGGUGAAGACUGUGUGCCAGAUACCAAUGAUGAAGGAAAUGCUGAAGCGAUUCCAAGUGACUAUAAAUCUGGCUGAAGACACAGCUCACCCGAAACUUGUCUUCUCCCAGGAAGGGAGAUAUGUGAAAAAUGGAGCGUCAGCCAGUUCUUGGCCAUUAUUUUCUACAGCAUGGAGCUACUUGGCUGGAUGGAGGAAUCCUCAGAAGACCUCACAGUUUGUGGAGAGAUUUCAGCACUUACCCUGUGUUUUGGGAAAAAACGUUUUCACUUCAGGGAAACAUUACUGGGAAGUUGAGAACCGAGAUAGCCUGGAGAUUGCUGUGGGGGUAUGUCGGGAGGACAUCAUGGGGAUUGUUGAUAGUUCAAAAAUGUCCCCGCAUGUGGGGAUCUGGGCUAUUUCUUGGAGUUCUGCUGGCUAUCGGCCCCUAACAAGCUUCCCUGUAAGUCCUACGAAGCAAGAGCCAGCUCUUCACCGGGUGGGAGUUUUCCUAGAUCAUGGGGCUGGGGAUAUCUCAUUCUACAGUGCUGUGGAUGGAGUGCACCUACACACUUUUUCUUGUUCUUUCAUCUCGCGUCUCCGGCCAUUUUUUUGGUUGAGUCCAUUAGCAUCUUUAGUUAUCCCACCAGUGACUGGUGGGAAAUGAGGCUGUUCUUCCCCUGCCCAAGACAUACAUCUCCCUAUUACCCCAGCCCAGGGACAUACAUCCCUUGACCCUCUUCUCUCACUUCAUACAUAUUGAUCCUGGAUAGUACAUCAGUACUGUCCAUUCAGAUUCCAAGUUCGUGUUUCGUUGAGCUCCCUGGAUGUCCUGUGCAUAGACAGAUACCGCAGACCCUGUUGGUUGCCUUUCCAGUGGCCACUUGGCGCACUUCUCUCCUUCUCUUCUGGGUCUUCCUAAUUGAACUGUUUGGUAUGCGCCCUCCACAUGCUUCAGGAGAGGCAGUCCCAUGCACGGUAAUUCUGGCUGACUAGAUAGGAUGAGGAGUUUUCCAGGGUGCUUCUGGGGAAAGUUUUUGUAGCUUUUAGAGAGUUAUUUGGGAAGACACAGCGUCUCUGAUGUUAGCGGCUGUAUUGGAAUCGAGGAGAGCACAGUAAUAGGGGAAAGGAAGAAGAAAUAUGGUCUUUGUUGGCAUCGUUCAACUGCUGGAAUUUUCCUAAUCCCAAAUUUCUUAUUAUAUGAGAUUAUUGCUCCCUUAUUGUAUAAGGCAGUUUUAGUUGCAUUUUGGUCACUUGCAGUCUGAAGUAUCCUGACUGGUGCUGUGGGCACAUAGCAUCGGCAUCCUACCCUAUAGGCUUAUGUCACUUUUUCUGAAAUUUGAUAGGUUUAUAGAAUCCCUUUCUAUUUAGUCAUGUAAUUCCUCCUCUUUCCAGUAACUUCUGAUAUCCCUCACUUUUCUGGAUCAGAAAAUUGAGGAAAUCUUCCCUUACUCUGCCUGUGCUGUUACUCUUCUUCACUGACCAGGUCUCUGCCCUCCAGUGUUCAUUAUGCUAUCCAUCUGUCAAAUUCAUAUACUGUAUAUACAAGGUAAUUAACGUCAUACCGAACAUGUUGGGAAACACUUUAGUAUUUACACAGUGCUACCCUUUUCACAUAAUGCUCUCAUGAUUCUUGGCAACAGCUUGCUGAGAUGGAAAUUAAAAUCCUAUUUUUUCAAGUGAGAAAACAAACCUUGAGAGUAACUUGCUCAGUAUUGCUCAGCUGGCAAAUGGGAGUG